CUGGACGGGGAGAGCUCUCACGGCGCGGGCUGCGCGUAGCGAGUGGCUCUGGCCUCGUGUUCCGGCAUUGCUGGGGACAGCGAGAGAAGGACCUGCGUUUUAUGCUGUGAAGGUAGCGGAGGAGCGACGUCGUGGCCGCGAGGGGGUCCCAGGCUGGGCCGUUUCCUCGGGCUGCCCUGCUGGAGAAGGAUAUCCUGAAUUCAGCUUGCCUAAUAAGCCAAAAGAAGAGCUUUAUUUUAACAAAUGGCUACAGGAGACUUGAAGGGAAGUUUGCGCAAGAUGGAACAAGGACUUCGCUUGUUAAACUAUCCUAGAGAUGUGGAUUAUGCAGGCUUGGUAAAGGGUGAUCCAGCUGCCUUUUUACCCAUAAUCAGCUAUUCUUUCAUAUCCUUCUCAACCUACAUAGCAGAACUUUUGGUGGAGUCUGAUGUGGAGCUCACAGCAAAAAGUGACUUGCGUUUCAUUGAAACUAUCUAUAAGUUUCUUCGAGAUCAUUUUCAAUACAAACCUAUUUUAACAAAGCAACAAUUUCUCCAGUGUGGCUUUGCAGAAAGGAAAAUACAGAUUGUUUGUGACAUUAUCAGCACUGUGAUGAAAAAGCAUAGAGAGUUAAGUAACUUGAAUAAGGCAAAAUCACAAAGAAGGAAGAGAACCAGGUCUUUUAAAUCUGAACCACUGGCCAGUUGUGAGAAUCUUUUGGCUGAUCCUAUUGUCAGGAUUGUGGAUUCCAGUGAGAAGAAACCUCAAGUGGAACGUCACCCAGCAAAUGAAAUUAAUGUACAUGCCCAUGAUUCAACUAUUUUAGUAGAUGAAGAUAAUGAAGAAAAAUCUGACCUAACUGAUGAUAGUUUGGAAGCGUUUGAACAAGUCACAGAGGAUAACAGUCAAAUUGAACUGCUAAAGAACCAGCUUGCUGAUUGCCAGGAGAAGCUACAUAAACUAAAUUGGAUGGAAGAUAAGCUACACAUUUUAGAAGAGAGACUGAAAGGGAAGGUGAUUAUAGAUGAGAAGGACUGGAAUAAUCUCCUGAGCCGAGUCUUGCUCCUUGAAACAGAACUGCUGUUGCAGUCAAAAAAGAGUGACUUAUCUACAGAAUUGAACAAUAUAGGUGAAGAACGUACCUCUAGUAGGAAUAUGAUUCCAGUGUCUCCUGAUAUAGAAAGGAAGGAGGAGAUGCCAGAGAGUCUUCAUCAGUCGUCUGGAUACAGUUCACAAUUAUCCACAGACCCAUCUCCCAAAGCCACGACCAUUAAUUAUCAUAGUCUGACAGAGAUUUCAAAGGAGACAACAAGACAAAGAAUGGAACGGAUAAGUAAAAUGAUUGAAGAAACUUCAGAAUUGUUGAAAAAUUCAAGCAAUGGCUCUUAGUUCAUGUCCUGGAUAGACUUCUGGAUCUCAAGGCUAUGCUGUAAAUGUGUACAGUACAAAAUUUAUUUUAAUAUUAUCAUUUUAAUACCCAUAAUGUUUUUAUUUUUGCUUGGAGAAUAAAUGUUUUCUAC